AUCUUCACUAUAGCACUCUCUGACGUAUAUAUUGUGGAGUCGUGGGAGGUGUUAUGGUAGUUCUGUGCAGACCGCCUACUAGAGAGGUGCCCAGUGGACGCUGAAUCUCCGCAACUUGUGUGACAACUAGCCGCGUAAUACCGUUGCUUUUAAUCGUGAUCUCCCGAAUACCUGUCCGCCGUCCUUAACAAUCUGUGAGAGAGAAUAAGAGAGAGCAAGUCUGACAACUUCAAACGCAUUUAUGUGGGCAAUCGCGAGAUUACCUGGACAGCUAUUUUGCACCUGCCCGGUUAUACGCUCAACCAGAUUUUUAAAUGAAGAUGAUGAUAUUUCUUCUUGUUGCUAUCCAAAUUUGCGGAUCGCUGGGCAAUAACCUUGAUGUCCUCGACAACUAUAUGGCAUUACGUGCUGUGGCCAGUGAUAUCAACAAAUUUUCUAGUGAAUUUGGUCAGGCAAUUUCAAAAGCUGAAAAUAGUAAUUUGAUAGCUUCACCCAUCAGUGCGUCAAUGGCUUUAUCAAUGCUGGCUUAUGGAGCACGUGGAGACAGUGAAAAGCAACUGAAAUCUGUUUUGCAUUUCAACAGUGACGCAAGUGUGCAAAAAAAAGGCAUUAAGACUCUUAUAGAGAAUUUAAAAGAAUUCUCCAAAGUUGAUUUGAAAUUAGCGAACAAGAUUUUCCUCGCCCAAAAUGUUACUGUCAACCCAGACUUCAAGGAAGUCUCUGAAUCAAUCUUCAAAUCCGCAGUUCAAAAUGUUGAUUACAGUGCACCGAAAGAGGCGAGCAAAACUAUUAAUGAUUGGUGUGAACAACAGACGAAUUCCAAGAUUAAAGACUUAUUCUCAGCUGAUGACUUUGAUAAUGAUACCGGUUUGGUGCUCGUCAAUGCCGUCUACUUCAAGGGUAAUUGGUUUCAAAAAUUUGACGCAAACCUAACAACUCUCACGAAUUUCACUCUCUUGGAUGGAACUACAAAGAAAGUACCUACGAUGAAUGCUGAUAGGGAUUAUCGCUUCGGAGUUCUAGAAGAUCUUGGAGCAACAUUCGUGGAACUACCUUACGAGAGCAAUGACAUCAGUGACGGUAUCAGCAUGUUCAUCGUUCUCCCCAACGAGCCAUCAGGUUUGAAAGACCUUGAAAAAAAUUUAGCCAAGCUCGACCUAAAUCGUCUCCUCGCUGGUACCAUAUGCAAGGUCAACCUAUCUCUUCCCAAAUUCAAAGUACAAUCGAAACUGGACCUUAAAGCACCAUUGAACGACCUCGGUCUCAAGGAGAUAUUCGAAGACUCGGCUGACCUCAGCGGCAUCCUCUCCGGUGACGCUCCAAAUUUGAAAGUCAGCAAGAUCGUGCAGAAGGCAUUCAUAGAAGUGAAUGAAGAGGGUAGUGAGGCCGCAGCGGCAACUGGAGUGGAACUAGAAAACAGGUUUGGCUGGGAAGCGGAAAAAAAAGCAGUCAAGUUCAGCGUUGAUCAUCCAUUUGUAUUGGUCAUUGCUACACAGGAUAUAAUUAUUUUUGCGGCACGCAUUGCUGAUCCAAGCUAUGAAAUAUAGUUUUUAUAAUCCAGUUGUAAACAUAUCAAGAUAAUUCAACUUCAGUGUGUAAAAUGUUUUGAUAAAUAUCUUGUGUGAGGGACCAUAAACAACUUGUCGUAAGCACCAUUCUUUUUCAAAAUUAUUGUAAUGAAAAUUGUAAUGUUUCCAUUCAAUCCCAAAACAUUCUCAAAAUAAUCUCCUCAAACCAAAGUUGAUUAACAUAGUUUCACUAUUGAAAACAAAUUCUGUAACCCCUGCAGCGAAAUUAGCACGUUAUUUUUAUUACAUUGUGAAAAAAUAAACAAAAAAACGUACAAAUUUCAUCAGCCAAGCUGAAAUGAAUAAAAAAUAAAGAUACAACUA